AUGCUGCUUUGGCCGUACAAUACCACCGAGCAGCAACGGGUGGAGACGGCCUGGCUCGCCGAGGCCGUCUCGCGAAAGAAGAAACUCAAGGGCCACCGAGCCUUCGCAAUGUCUCCCUGGAUGGCGGCUCUCGACCCGGCGGCAUCAUCGCUCUUCCAGAUCGGCGCCAACAAGCACGAGUCCACAUCGUACAUCAACACAGAGCCAGGCCCUCUCGCUGUGCACCAUGGCUGGAAGUCAACUCUCCUCGAGCCUAUACCAGACAUCUUCAAGCAAUUGCAGAGGACCUAUACGCCACAGCCGCCCAACGUGGAACUUGUAAACGCGGCCGUGUGCGACCAGUGCGCCGCCGCGCCGCUUAAAAUGUGGUCGGUUGACAUGAGCAACGCCACGGGCAACUGGGGGAGCAACGACUCGGACGCCCGCUGUCUCACCGCCAACACGCCCGGUGGAAAUGGCUCUCACUUUGUCUCUGAGAUCGCCUCUCUCUCCAAGUCGCACCUGCUCCGCCACAAUCGCUACUUUGCCGUGGGGCCAAACCAGUGUGCUCAGUGCUCAAAGGUACUCGGCCGGCCGCUGCCAAACAACUGCAUGCGCCAGGCGGUGAUCGCCAAUAACCUAGUGACAUUUCCGGUGCGAUGCUACUGCGCCGAGACCGAGUUGGUGCCGCAGCUGCGGCACGCGCAGAGAGGUGGCGCUGCGGCGCUCUCGCUUUUGGUGAGGGCUAGCCGGGAGAUCAAUGAGAGGGGGCAUGGGUGCGUUCGAGCGAGUCAUGCUCAGAACAAUCGCGUGGCAUGUGAGGCGGUCGAUGCGGAGGGACACGACGACGCGGCCUUAUACCAGUUCCCUUUUGCCCUCGUGCGCCCUGCCCGCGUCGUCUUCGAGUCCACCCACCUGACCAGCCUCCGCUUCCUCCGGCUCGCCGAGUUCCUGCGCUCAUAUGGCUACGAGAUGCUGUCGGUCGACGCCAGCUCCGUCUCGCGUCAGAAGCAUGCCGACCUGCUGCGUCGCUGCAACACGCGGGAUCACGGCCCGGAGCGGGAUGCGAGCGUGGAGUCCCAACGCGCCGCUCGCCUGCUGGCGAGGAAGCGUGGCUGGCAUCAGGACGCGUGGAUCGUCCUCGCGGGGGCUUCGCAGGCGGUGGUGUAG